AACCUGUGGAUACACGAUCCUGGGUUCUCAAAGCAGGACUUGGUCAUAAACCCUGACUGCUUUCCCGGGUGUAGGGUUGGUGACCUUCUGAAGAUCACUCAGCCAGCGUCCUCCGGAGACAACAAAAAUGGUUUUAGUCAAUCACAAUUCCCCAGCUCGAGGGGAGGUUUAGCAGCACUAUCCGUACGGCAGCAUUCCAACCCAAACCAGCAUCACCGAGGAGUCGCACACGGUUCUCAGGCAGCAGAGGACAAGUCGAGGACGCUCAUCUUGCAGAUAUCCAUUGCCCAACACAUAGCGGCCAUCUUUGAACUUCACGCGCGGAAGGAUGUAGUUGUUACGAAGGUCGAGCGGGAGGCGAUAUCAGCGGACUAUGUGGAGAUCUGUUUCCGGGAUCAAUACUUGGGUCGGAGCGACAUGUGGCGCAUGAAAACGUCUCUCACAGGAACCUGCGUGUACGAGGGCAAAAAGGUGUCGUCCCUGGGCAUAAGGGCGCAAAUCAAAGACAUUGUUGUCUCUGGCAGAAAAGCGUCAUGUGGAUAUAUCAACGACAACACGAAGACCAUUUUCCGCUCAGAGACGGCAAAAUACUUCAUUUGCAUUCAAAUGAGCAAAGAGAUGUGGGAGUUUGAUGAGGAUGGCGAAUUGUAUUUCGAAAAAUGCGUGCACGGCUUCUUGCCUCAAUUAUUCGCCAAGUGGAAGGAGGCUGGCGCCAACCACGUUGUGUCUGUCGUUCUCUUUGCCCGCAUUCACUAUCAGACCGACGAAGAGGAGGACGGCAUACCAUUACUGAAGGAUGCAUCCGGACGGUCAUACAGGGACUUUUAUAAGGUCGUCGUAGACUGGGCCAUUCGGAGCGAUUGGUCCCAGAUUCUGAUACCUUUGGAGAAGGAAUUCGUCUCAUUCCAACGGGACGUUCUACAGCAGUCGAGCAGCGAGGGUUCCACCAUUCUUGCUGGCACAAAUUCACCCGCAAGUGAAGGCAAUGUUUUGGAAGCAAUCAACCUUGCGCUGAAUCCAUUCGAUAGGCACUAUAUCGAUCGGGACCUUUCUCGUACGGGGCUCGGAAUCGUCGUUAUUACACCAGGACCUGGAGUCUACGAAGUAGAUAAAAAACUGCUGCGACUGACGGCGCACCGUAUGGUGGAUAACGGAAUAGGCCUUGAUCUUGUCUGUCUAAGCAAACCGCCUCUCUGCACUGUGCCGCUAUUUCAGUACGUUUCGAAAGAGUGCCCGUCGAGUCUGACAGGUUGGGGUAGCGGACAGAGUGGAGCCAGCAUUGAUGCUGAAUCGAGCAUCAAUAGCGAAAGGCGGUGGGCCUCAGCACUGGGAGGCGCAACAGGGCAGAAGGGACCAGAACGGUCAGCGGACAAAAUGGGAACCGGAGCCAGUGACAGGAGCAUGGGGACGCAUGCCGCACCUGGCUUCAGCUCCGCAAGCGGAACUUCGGGGCAAGAGCGUAGAACGGAAGCAUGGGAUCCACUAUACUACGACGAUGCGACGCCAGAAAUACCAGACAAAACCUUCUACACGGUGCCACACUGGAUCAUGUGUAGUUUCUGGGCACGAGAAGGGGAGCAGGAUAACAAGGGAUUCCGGCUACGGUGCAAAAUGUACGAGGUGCAGAUGAUGGGCGUCAUGGAAGAAAUCGGCUCUACGAUAGUGAUUCCGUAUAUGGAGGAGCAAGAUUUGGCGGAAGUCGGCGACGUGCAGAACAGCCCUGCUGUGUCUGUCAUUGACGAUUUUGUGAUUGACACCGAGCAAUACGACGAAAGUGUGUUUUUACCUAUCAUUAAGCACCAGUCGAUGGUCAUCAAAAACCGGUCAAACUCGGGGAUGAAUGUGGGAGGAUCCUCGGACGUGGAUUCACUAGCUUCCAACAAAGGCGUGCGUGGAGGGUCUAGGCUCGAUUUGCAGCAUCCUUAUGCUACAACUGGGGGUGGUUCCCAACAGAGGGUGUUGGCGAAGACAGCUUCAAAUACAUCCCUGACAGCGGAAGCUGCCGCAACAGCUGAGAAGAAACGGCCUGCCUGGGCGUCGUCGGCAGCGCAAUCUUCCGGAGGAAGGACAAGUGCACCAGUCAGUCGUAAAUCUAGCGUUCUUGCAAGCGACACAGCCUAUGGCGAUUCUCACACUCUAUGGUCCGGCGCUGGAACGUCGCCUGGAAAAGGGGAUGUCAGGCUGUCGCAGCCUUCCCGGACGGAGGAUGCCAGGGCCAGCGUACCACAAAGCUUGCCCAUCGGGGCGAAUUUGCAGAGAGCGGCCAUUGAGGAUACCGAUUCGUCUGGUCUGCACUCGGCAUCGACGACUCUUGCACCCAUUCGCAUCCGUGGGAACCAACAAGUUGGCUUGCGGCAUCCUUAUCGAGAAGGAUUGUCAACGUCGGGGAGCUUCAAGAGCCACUCGCCCUUGGCAAACUAUGAAUACCUCCGGAGUCAAUACCCUCGAGUCUCUCCAGGCAAGACAAGCGGCUCGGGCGGCAACAUGCGCGCGCCCACGUUCCAGCAGACGUCUUUCCGCUCGCACUUGAUCAAUCCAUGUAACCCUAGCCGCAAUAUCAUCCGCGCUACGAGUCAAGUCCUGCGAUGGCAACACGUUUUCCCACAGAUCAUCUUGCCGAUGCGAAACGAUUUCAUCAUUGCAUGGAAGAGUUUGUCCAUUCCUGCCUGUUUGCCUCUGACAACCGACUUUUUCCCAUCCCCUGAGGAUCUUCAACAACUGUAUCAGGAGUACACGUACACAGUCUCAGCGGCCGAUGAUGCAACGCCUUAUCAGUCUCGAGGUACUGGAAGGUCCGACGAAGGCCGAGGGACGCAGACAACGAAAGUGGAGGGAUUGCUUGUGGAUUUGGUGGCGCAACGUCUGGCGCAAGGCUUUCAAUUGAUAAUCGCCGGCUCGACAAACUUGGGUUUGCCGGGUACACCCCUCGGCGAACGAGGAGGCGAUGUGCCCCAGCAAGCAACUAACAUCGGAGUUCAGGGACGCUCAGGCAUGCAGCAAGCAGUUCACAAAGAUCGAUCCCCUUCAUUCGGAGCAUCCACAACCCCGGGAACAAGAGCUUCGCCCCGGGCGUACUAUCUGAGUCUCGGUGAUCAUGUGCACAAGCUUUCUCAUGAUGCAUCCGGUCAAAAUGUGGAGGUCAAGCGAUACGUCCGUAAGGUCACCUAUUCCACCCUCCCCAUUCAAUACGCGUGCGGGAUAUGGCGGAAGCAUGAUACGUUUUAUCGACCCAAGCAACUGGGAUUCUCUUACCCGCCUGUGACAUCGUACAAUUGGAACUAUCUGGACCACUUGAUUUCGGGCUAUCAAGAAGAACUCACUGAAAACCUGCGAUUCUGGCGAACGCGCUUCCUUCUGAUCCCAGUCGAAAAUGUCAACCAUGUCAACCCGUUCCUUAACCCUCAGAAUGACAAUCUCGAUGAAGAAGAAAUCCGCGUCGUAGGAUUUGAGAAGUUCAUCGAGGUUUUCGAGAAAUCUCGGUGGGUGCCGCCGUGGGAAGAAGAUGACCAUAUCCCAAAGCUUGGAAAGAAGCUGCAGAUUCAGCUCACGACGCUGAAUACGUCCCGCUUCAUUAGAGAGGAGGUGUUGAGGAGGGGUUUAACACGUAUGGGAACAGCAGGUACGAACCCGGGUGGUGCAAGUACAGCCAAUCAGAAGGCGCUGCCUACGACACUGCCAAGACGUGGAUCCGCCACAUCUCCGGCGACCUCAGUGAAUGGCACAAAUACCGUGAGCCCAACUCCGUUGACCCGAAGCUCACCAUUCUCCGCGGUUGCCGAAGCCAUGCAAGCACCUCCACCUGCCGGAGUUGCUUUCGGGGAUCGUAGAUGGCAUUUCCGGCUGUACGAGCGCGUGUUCAUCGGAAGCGAAUGUGUAGAGUGGAUGGUGCGCAAUUUUGCGGAUAUAGAGACCCCGGAGGAAGCUGUAGCAUACGGCAACGCGCUCCUCAAAGAAGGCUUCUUUGAGCAUGCAAAUCGCAAGCAUCGGUUUUUGGACGGGCACUAUUUCUACCGUGUUCGGGGAGAUUUUGCAAAAACUCCUGGCACCGCGGGAACGAAGGACAAGGAGAAGGAAAAGCUUGGCGGAGUUCCACUCUGGUUUGGAAACCGCGCCAAAUCUUCGACCAACCUGUUUGAUUCGAACAGCGGCAGUUCCAGCCCGUCCGUUACUACCAGUAGCAAUACUUCAGCAUACCCGAGCAAUGAUGCCUUGGCCCCCACGUCUACGAAUGCUCUUGACAUGGCUGUUCAGGACAGUCCACAGGCUGCGCAAACCAAAUCUGUACGGCAGGCUGUCGAACCUUACGCCUUGACACGACGAAUGGUCAUUGAUCUCGAUGUUCAACGUCGAUCUCCCAGGAGAGAGACCGCGGUUCUGCACUAUGAUACUGUGCACAAUCCUCGCCACUGCUAUCAUUACCAGAUUCAUUGGUUGGCUUGCAGUCCUCGAUGGAUUGAGGACCUUGUGGCGGGCUGGGCACGGGUCGCUGAGAAAUGCGGGUUCAAAAUGGUCGAAGCUGGAACUUCGCAGGCGGAACCCCUUUCGGACGAUAAUCCAUUCCAGUCAGUGACAUUGAUCAAGCCGUGCAUACCACUGCCAUUACAUCCGAAGGCACCAUUCCCAUCAAGUGUGUAUCUGACGGAAACGGUUCGACGCUUCAACUUCGUAUUGGAUAUGGAAGCGGACAGCUCUUUACCAACCAACGCCGUGACCUGGUCUUACGACAGAGGCAAAGGGUUCAAACGCACUCAAUGGGUGCACCGUAGCGGUGUUGCUUUCAUUCAAAUAAGCUCCGAGGACGAGGAAGUGGGUUUUUGGUGGGUUGCCAACCGCAUGCACCUAACUGGAUCAGCCAGCGUGUCGCAGCAGGGUGGCGCAGGCAAGGAGGCCCGUGGAAGUAGCAGCAGUGGUGUCGAUCCGGAUACUCUGAUGAAGACGUUUGCAGAUUUCUGCAACAAUGAAGCAGAAAUUCGCCAGUUUUGGGACGAG